CCGUAUCCAGGAUUUAAACCAAGAUAUCCAUCAUUUCUUUCUCUCCCCUUCUUCCAAUUAUCGAUUUGGUGAGGAUUUCUCCCUCCCGCUUGAAUGAACUAUCGCAGAGCCAAAACGAUAAAUCCAAACCCAUUGAUCCAUUAUGCCAAUAAUCGAUCAAUACCCCACACCCACAAACCUCGACCCCAUGAAAGACCAACUCCAAAGUUCCGCAAGCGCAUUCCCUUCGUCACCGAAGUCAAAACAGUGGAAGACCCGGAAGAAGCAUUGUCCCUCUUUCACCGUUACAAAGAACAGGGUUUCCGGCACUAUUACCCUUCCUAUGCCGCAUUACUCUACAAACUAGCUCGUUCUAGAAUGUUCGAUGCCGUUGAAACGAUUCUCGCUCACAUGAAAGACACCGAAAUGCAAUGCAGAGAGAGCGUUUUCAUUGCCCUCUUUCAACAUUACGGUCCCGAAAAAGCCGUUGAACUCUUCAACAGAAUGCCUCAGUUCAAUUGCACCCGCACGAUACAGUCCUUCAACGCGCUUCUCAAUGUUCUAAUUGACAAUGACAGGUUUGACGAGGCCAAUGAUAUUUUUGGUAAAUCCUAUGAAAUGGGUUUUCGUCCAAACACGGUCACGUUCAAUAUAAUGGUGAAGGGGCGGUUGGCAAAGGGCGAGUGGGGGAAAGCAUGUGAGGUGUUUGAUGAAAUGCUUCAGAAGAGAGUGCAACCGAGUGUUGUCACUUAUAAUAGUCUCAUUGGGUUUUUGUGUAGGAAGGGUGAUUUGGAUAAAGCAAUGGCCUUGCUCGAGGACAUGGGCCAGAAAGGAAAGCAUGCAAAUGAAGUAACAUAUGCGCUGUUGAUGGAGGGUUUGUGCUCUGUGGAGAAGACUGAGGAAGCUAAGAAGCUUAUGUUUGAUAUGGCAUAUCGCGGGUGUAAAGCUCAGCCGGUGAAUUUUGGUGUUUUGAUGAAUGAUCUUGGUAAGAGAGGAAAGGUUGAAGAGGCCAAAUCUUUGCUCCAUGAGAUGAAGAAAAGGCGGCUUAAGCCAGAUGUUGUAACUUACAACAUAUUGAUAAAUUAUCUUUGCAAGGAAGGUAAGGCAAUGGAAGCUUACAAAGUCUUACUUGAGAUGCAGAUUGGGGGAUGUGUGCCGAAUGCAGCUACAUACAGGAUGGUGGUUGAUGGUUUGUGCCAAAUUGGGGAUUUUGAGGUUGCUUUGAGUGUUUUGAAUGCAAUGCUUACUAGUAGACAUUGUCCACGUUCGGAAACAUUUAAUUGUAUGGUUGUUGGCUUGUUGAAAUCUGGAAAUAUUGAUGGUUCUUGCUUUGUUUUGGAAGAGAUGGAGAAGAGAAAGCUAGAAUUUGAUUUGGAGAGCUGGGAAACUAUAAUAAAGUCUGCCUGUAGUGAGAAUAAGGGUGCAAGUGAGCUCAUGACUGUACUUACAUCUCCGUGUAUCUAAUAGAAUUCAUUAGGUAUGAACGAAUUGUCUAUGUCUUCACAAUUUUUUACGCGGAUGUGUUCCAAAGUUUCAUUUGAAUUCACUUUGCCCUUGUUCUAAUCCUAUGUGACACUAACGGUGACUUUCCUGGCACAUAAGUUUUCACUUUUCAAGGAAGUAAUGAAUGAUUUCAUUUCAAGGUGAA